ACGAGACAGUACCAGAGUACUCGUUCUACAUUUUCUUCAGAAGCGGCAGCCACUGACGGACGUGUUCUUCGACCAUCGCCAUGGCUUCCGCCUUAAAAAGUAUCUUGAAGCGGUUCCAAAGACCGAACGACAAGCGGAGGUUGUCUUUCGCGGCCGACGUUCAAGUGGAUCCGGACGAUGAUGAACCAGACGCUCCUACCGCGGGUCGGAAGCAGAGCGCCAGCGGCGACCCAGAGCCAGCGAAGCCUGUCGCCAAUAACCCUGGAGGUCGUCCCCCAAUGAUUUUGGAAGUGGUGCGUGACCAAGACGACGACUUCCUCGGGGGCGGUCUGGCUGAGAACUCUGGGAGCGUCGCGAUCAUCAUGGCGGGCGCGUGCCUUCUGGUCUGCAUAGCCAUAGUGGGUAUCCUCGUCGGCUUAGAGUCUUCGACGGCACAAACUGCAAUCAUGCCUACGGAGACAACCUACGAUCGAAAUGCCACUAACGUCACCAUGCCUGAGGUGACCCUUCACCCCAUGCAGGGGGACGAAUACUUCUUUGAAGGAAUGGACGAGGCUUCACCGAAGGCUCCAGGGCUAGCAGGCUGGCCCCUCCGUGACGAGGGGAUAACUCGGAUUGGCGAUGACGAUGGCUCUCAUAACCCUGAUAAGGCGGAAGGGGUCGGCGCGCAUAAAGACAAAGUAUGAGGUGUCUGGUGAAGAGGGACCAAGGCGUACUACGAAGCAGUCAUCGUAGUUCAUUGUAUAAAGCAUAUCCAUUUUCUACACAGUUACUCUUCAAAACACGUAACAGUUGUGGACAUAGUGCUCGGUUCCGUGAAAUAAAUGGCAAUGCCAUCAAAAAUACGCCGACGUUUUC